AUCACCUGGGAGCAGGUGCAGCACCAGGAUCUCCAGGACAGUCAGAGGAGGUUGACAAGAUGGCGAAUUUUAAGGGUCAUGCACUUCCAGGCAGUUUCUUCCUGCUCUUUGGGCUCUGGUGGUCUGUGAAAUACCCACUGCAGUACCUCAGCCAGAAAGUAAGUAAGAAAUCCCACAGGACUUACUGUUUCCAGCGUGUGGAUGCCAUUGAAGGGGGAAUCAAAAUCCUCUUUUCUCUAAUAGGGAUGCUGGCGGAGCAGUUCGUCCCCGAUGGUCCCCACUUGUACCUCUACAGCGGGGAGAAGCGUGACUGGGUGAAGCUGAUGAACUGGCAGCACACCACCAUGUACCUCUUCUACGGCCUCUCUGGGCUGGUAGAUGUCCUCACCUACGUCUCCCAGGUGGUGCCGCAGGGUCUGGAUCGCCUUAUGUUGGCCGUGGCUGUGUUCGUGGAAGGUUGUCUCUUCUAUUACCACGUCCUUCACCGCCCCAUGCUGGAUCAGCACAUCCACUCCCUGCUGCUCAUCACCAUCUUCGCCGGCGCUGGCAGCGUCCUGCUCGAGGUUUUCUUGCGUGACAACAUCGUCCUGGAGAUGUUCCGAGCCAGCAUCACCAUUGUCCAGGGAACAUGGUUCUGGCAGAUCGGUGUUGUGCUGUUCCAGCCAUGGGGAGGUCCAGUGUGGGAUGAGAAUGACCACAGCAACAUCAUGUUCCUCACAAUGUGCUUCUUCUGGCACUGGGCAGCUGCUGUGGCCGUCGUGGCUGUGAACUACACCCUCACUUAUUGCUGUCUCCAGAGGUUCUGGAGAGGCGGUGGAGAGCGCUACAUCAACCUGGGGGUCCGGCAGCAGAAGUGUGACAGCAGCUCCCAGGCUGCCUUCUUGAAUGGCUCUGAUGAAGAGUGAAGAGGGUGCAAACUCCUGCUGCAAGUAUAUAAAAAGUCCUUUUUCCAGAAGAAACAAAUCUAAUGCAAUAUUUUGUUUUGGAAGAGUGAGAGAUACCCCUGUGGUGCUGCUGGGAGGAAGGCUGAGCACACAGAGGUGGCUGGCCUCCAUCCUUUCCAAAUAUCUCUGGCUCAAACACAGACACAGCUUGGAGUGAUUUUUAGCAACAAAACAAAGCAUGGAAAUUCAACAUAACAAGAUUACUUCAUUCUAUGUGCUCCCCGGUGUGUUCCCAUAAGGAUGGAGGGCAUCUUUUGGCCAGCUGACUUUUCCAAGAGCCUGGAGGCUUUGACCUGCUGUGAUUGAAGUCAGGGAAAUCUCUAGGCUGAGGUCAUGCACCUCUAUAGCAAGGCAUCACCCCAAGGAGGACAAGUAAGAGAGUGUUGAACAUGAGAUUAUGGCAAUUUUUGCAACACCAGGGCUCGAUUGCACACAAUACAAAUGUUAUUACUGAAGCUUUGAA